CACUGAGCCUCUCGCACCUUCACCCUGACACUCCAAUGCUCUAACCGCGUCCUUAAGGUCAAACAAUGGCCACUACAACUUCUUUACAGUCUGUCAUUACUAGGUAUCACUAUUGCUUGCCGACACUCCUUCCAUCAGGGCUUUACGCCUUUUCCGUCAGGGACCACCCCUGACCACGUUAACACUCCCUACAUGUUUUUGUCGAUUCGCGACCAAGGCCGCCGGCGGCGCAGUCAGACCUACGGCGUCAGUAAGGCUGCCCGUUCUUCCAAGUUAUCCCUUCUUUCUGCCAUCACCACCGGCUCGCAUGGAUCCAACGAUAGCUCGUCUACCAUUACCCAAGAAUCGUACAGGAGAUCCACAUCUACUUCAGCGAAACGACGAAGGUCAUCACAUUCCAAAAAAUCGCAGAAGCCACGCGAAAGGAAGCUCUCGUUGGUGAGAAGCGGACCGGACAAUCCCGAAAAAGAGAAAAGCAUGUCUCGAGAAUCGGUGGAUGUUUUUGCCUUUCUCGUCGAUGAGAAUGCUCCAGAUACACGAACGCCGCAUGACGAGGUUGCAGGUCUGGUCCGCGAUGUCCACGAGGACUCUGAUAAUGAGAGCAUCAGCCGAAGUCAGCACUCUGACUCUGGUAUCUCCAUGGGAGACAGCAUUGUUUGUCAUCCCCGUGCUGAUUCUUUGGUUGAAUGUCACCUACCUUCGCUACCAGAGGAGUCUCAGGAGAUGGCCGAUGGAGACUUACAAGUCGCAAACGGAUCGACGCAUUCGAAACGGUUGCGAUUUCAAUGGCCAGUUGUACCUCGAGCUACUCACGAGCCAUACAUGAGCAAACCUGGCAGAAGGACUCCUAGUCCCGAAAACGUCCGUCUACGUGUGACUCGCAGGCUUGAUGAUGGAUUCCAGCCCUCCAAAGAGCCGAAGCUGUCCGGAUAUGACCUAAUUGCGGCGAAGCUAGGUCAGGGAGAACUUCCUCCUGUUUUCCGGCGGUUUCAAAAGAGCAAUUUUCGAAUGCUGUUGCAAUUACAGGAUGAGAUCUCGGAAAUGGAAGAUGAGUUGGCUUCGCUUGAUUUGGAAGAUUCUAAAAGUCGACUGAAAGCCGAUGGCAGUACAUCGCCGGCAUCAAGACGAAUAAGCUGGGAGUGGACACAAUCCGACUUGCAGGCGCGCCGACUCGAUGUUCUGGGAAGGCUGUAUAUCAAGAUUGAACAAUAUUAUCAAGCUCUCCUGGCUUCACAGAAGGUGCAGAAAUCAACUGCACCAGCACUACAGCUAGAUGUUGAACGGUUUCGAGCAUGGUUGCGCCAAAACAACCCAUUGUCAGCGCUGGAGUCAAGGUUCCUUGAUCAUCAAGAGGAUCUGAUAUGCCUCGACUGUACUGCGACGCCACCGACGACUGCCAUGUCCCCAUCAUCUUCGAUUCCUGUAUGCAUCCUAACCACCACCCUCGUUCCGUUGUUAUGCUUCAAAAUCAUGACUGGUGUUUUGAACCGGUUGAUCCUGCUCAUCGUGGUUUUGGCUGUUGGCUUGAGCAGCCUGGAAAAGCUGGACAGAUCAAAAGUUGAGCAACAUCGGCAAUGGAUUCUUGCAUGUUUCGGUGUUUCGCUUCUGGCCGCUAUGAUUCUAUGAUUAGAAGGCUCGAGCCAUGAGUGGCAGCAUUCUGGCUGGUGAUGAUAAUGAUGUAUGUCUACGAUGUGAUACCCUUUGAUGAAGAACGGCAAUGAUAGAGGGAGACAGGAG